CCGUCACAAGUAGACGACGUGCUCUUCAGUGGCGGUCAAGCGAGCGUUAUUUUUUUUUUUAAAUAGGCGACACAUAUGUGGCAGAUCGCCUGGAAACACAGCUGAAAAAUGAAGAUUUGCUUGCCAGCUAAUCUUUCCGGACACCACAGUCCAACCUGUGGAUAGUGUUGAGCGCGUCUGUGGCCACCGGCCAGUCUCCUCCGCUAUCUGGGACGCUCUGCUUUGAGUCUAUUGUGCGCGUCUUUUACCUUUUGGCUCCCGGUCUGUGUCGGCGCGGGAUCCGGUGUUCCGUUUGAGCUACGCUGUGAGCAGGUAUUCAGUUUAUGAAUGGCACUGACAUGGAGGAAAUACCGUUUCAGAAAGUCAAAACCAGGCGGAAGAGAAGUCACUGUCCACCGGGUGUCCCUUUGACCACCAUCGUAUGCGAGGACGAGUUCGACUGCAAAGAACUUGAAUCCCUCUUCCAGAACUACAACCUUAAACUGGAGCAGACGUCUACUCUCAAAGCCCUGGCCGUCCUCAUAUUUAUGUCCUCGACACUGGCUGUGGUGGAGUUGCUGUCCGGCCCCAGCCUCACCAUCUCCAAGGGGUCCCAUCCGGUCCAUUGUGUCAUCUUCGUGUCCCUGUUCAUUGUAACUAAUGUCAAGUACCUGCAAGUGACUCAGCUUCAACAGAUUGUUAACCUGACGCUGCUCUUCGGCUUCACUUUCUCCUUCCUUUGCUGUCCCUUUUCCUUGGGCGCCAUGGGGCUGGAGCCCCCGACGUCUCCGGAACAAGGCAUGUGGCAGCUCAUCCUGGUCACCUUCGUCGCCUAUGCGCUCCUACCUGUAAGGACGCUUUUGGCUGUUGUGUUUGGAAUUAUGGUCUCCAUCUCGCAUUUGAUUGUGACUGCCACUUCCGUCACAGUGAAAACGCAAAAACUAUGGAGAACAUUGGUUGCCAACACAGUACUGUUCACCAGUGUCAACCUGUCAGGGCUGUUUGUGCGCAUCCUAACAGAACGAGCCCAGAGGAAGGCCUUCCUGCAGGCUCGCAACUGCAUUGAAGAAAGACUCCGUAUGGAGGAUGAAAACGAAAAGCAGGAGCGCCUGCUAAUGAGUCUGUUGCCCAGGAACGUAGCUAUGGAGAUGAAGGAGGAUUUCCUGAAGCCCCCAGAAAGGAUCUUUCACAAAAUUUAUAUCCAGCGUCAUGACAAUGUCAGUAUCCUGUUUGCAGAUAUUGUUGGCUUCACCAGCCUGGCCUCUCAGUGUACAGCCCAGGAACUGGUCAAACUAUUAAAUGACCUCUUUGGAAAGUUUGAUGAGCUUGCCACGGAGAACCACUGUCGCAGGAUUAAGAUCCUGGGUGAUUGUUACUACUGUGUGUCUGGGCUGACACAACCCAAGACUGACCACGCCCACUGCUGUGUAGAAAUGGGUCUCGAUAUGAUUGACACCAUAACGUCAGUAGCAGAGGCCACGGAAGUCAACCUAAACAUGCGCGUGGGCUUGCAUACAGGUCGAGUGCUGUGUGGAGUGCUGGGUCUUAGGAAAUGGCAGUAUGAUGUUUGGUCAAAUGAUGUGACCCUGGCCAAUGUGAUGGAGGCCGGGGGACUACCUGGGAAAGUUCACAUCACCAGAUCUACACUCGAGUGCCUAAACGGAGACUACGAGGUGGAGCCUGGAAAUGGCCAUGAAAGGAGCGCCUUCCUUCAAAAACAUGAAAUUGAAACCUUCUUUAUAGUGCCAUCUCACCGACGGAAGAUAUUCCCAGGAUUGAUUCUUUCGGAUAUAAAGCCCGCCAAAAAGAUGAAGUUCAAAACUGUGUGCUACUUACUAGUGCAGCUUAUGCACUGCAGGAAGAUGUUCAAGGCUGAGAUUCCCUUCUCCAAUGUCAUGAACUGCGAGGACGGUGAUAAGCGAAGGGCCAUGCGAACGGCUCCACAGAAAAUGAGGAACCGCUCCAACGCUAACCAGGCUAAUGUGAUCCAGAGCAGCCCCAGAACCCGGGUCAACCGCUACAUCGGCCGGCUGAUUGAGGCCCGUCAGACCGAGUCAGACACGGCAGACCUCAACUUCCUCACGCUCAUGUAUAAGUGCUCUGAGCGUGAGCAGAGGUACCACCAGGUGCCCGAUGAGUACUUCACCAGCGCAGUGGUCCUCUCUCUGAUCCUAGCUGCCUUGUUUGGCCUUGUCUAUCUUCUCAUCAUACCACAGGGCACAGUGGUGCUAGUUCUUCUCGUCUUCUGCAUCUGUUUCCUUGUAGCUUGUAUCAUGUACCUCCAUAUCACUAGAAUACAGUGUUUUCCAGGGUGCCUGACCAUUCAGAUUCGCACUGCGCUCUGUAUUCUCAUAGUGCUCUUAAUCUAUGCCGUGGCCCAGGCCUGUGUGGUGGGCUGUAUGCCCUGGUUGUGGGGUAGUGCCAAUACAAACAGUUCCAUCAUCAUCAUUGAUGUGGAUAGCGGCGCCAACCACACUAUGGCAGAGCUUCCCUGCGACGGUGCCCGCUACGCCUUUCUGUCCUGUGUGGUGGGCACACUUACCCUGGCACUUUUCUUGCGUGUCUCCUGGAUGCCAAAGAUGGUGCUAAUGCUUCUUCUGGGGGUGCUGUAUGUCACCGUGUUGGAGCUCAGUGGCUUUCGCAAGACUGCGGGUGGGGGGUCCUUCCACAUUCGUGGCUAUGAGCCCAUCCUGUCUCUGUUGCUCUUUGUCAGUGCCCUUGCCCUCCACUCCAGGCAACUUGACCUCAAACUACGCUUGGACUUCCUAUGGGCUGUGCAGGCGGAGGAGGAAAGAGAUGGGAUGGAGAAAGUAAAGCUGGACAACAGGAGGAUCCUCUUCAAUCUCCUGCCUGCACACGUGGCUCAACACUUCUUAAUGUCAAACCCAAGAAACAUGGAUCUGUACUAUCAGUCCUACGCACAAGUUGGUGUCCUGUUUGCCUCGAUCCCAAACUUCAACGAUUUCUACAUCGAGCUGGACGGCAACAACAUGGGAGUGGAGUGCUUGAGGCUACUGAAUGAGAUCAUUGCUGACUUUGAUGAGCUCAUGGAUAAGGAGUGCUACAAAGACAUAGAGAAAAUCAAAACCAUUGGCAGUACAUACAUGGCAGCUGUGGGACUCGUCCCCACCAUUGGUACCAAGAACAAAAAAUCUGUAUACGACCACCUGAGCACAAUAGCAGACUACGCCAUUGAAAUGUUUGAUGUUUUGGAUGAAAUCAACUAUCAGUCAUACAAUGAAUUUGUCCUGAGAGUGGGUAUCAAUGUGGGUCCAGUGGUUGCAGGGGUGAUUGGAGCACGGCGACCUCAGUAUGAUAUCUGGGGUAACACGGUCAAUGUGGCCAGUCGAAUGGACAGCACUGGAGUACCUGGAAAAAUACAGGUGACUGAGGAAGUUUAUCGGCUACUGAAUACCAACUAUGACCUGGUCUGCCGUGGGAAGGUCAGUGUAAAGGGUAAAGGUGAGAUGCUGACCUACUUCCUGGAAGGGAAGGUUCAGGGUGUGGGCACUGUAACCACUUCCUCUGUGAUGCGUUCCGCCAGCCUGGCGCGCCGGAUCCACUCCUGCGGAAAGACGAGCGUCCCAACCAACCUGGGCAGCGUCUCCUCUCCUGCCAGCCUCACUGCUCAUGCCAGCAUGGGUAGCAACAUGCAGAUGAGCACUGCCAACAGCAGCAACAGCCAAGCUGCAUGCCUACCCUCAUCCUGUGUGCCCGUAGUGGGUAAGGUUGAUGAAGAGGAGGAUGUAAAGGUGACAGAGAUUGAAAUUGAGACAGUGGCAGCUGUUGCAGAUGUGUCAGUGUAGGAAGAAAGAAAAUAUAUUCAUCUAAAACAAGGCAAGAAAACCCGGUUGGAGGACUAGAAGAGUCUAGUCUGUACUGGCACAACCCAGGAUACGCCCAUUCAGGAUGUGAACUUCCAGAGAUAUGAAGUCAUUAUACGGAUAAUCACACUUGCGUUUAGGGACUUUUAACCGCUUGCCACUUUUCGGAGACAAAAUGCCGAGUGCAGAGAUGGGUACCUGGAAUCCCAAACCCUCUUUUAACAUCUCUGUAACAGAUGAUUAGAUGCAUGGUUUUGUUGGAUUCCAUCAGAUCCAGGUAUAACGAGCUUAUUUAUUUUCUACUAUUCUGUACAAAUUCGGGGGAUAUGUUCAUUGAUAUCCAGAAAAAAGACUCAUCAUGCUAUUGCUUUUGCACUGUCUUUCUUAUUAUGCCAAGGAUUCAUUGCAUUAUUUACAGUGUAAAAUAGUGUUUCUUUUUGGUGUAUGUAAGCAUGCAGGUGUGUACUUGUGAGUGUGCGUAUGCAUGUGUGGUAAAUUCUGAAUUGUAACAAAACAGCACAAAGUCUUUUUUUUCUUUUUUUUUUACUUGGAGCUCACUGGAUGAAAUAUGCUUUUUAUGAUACAUAUUUACAGUUAAUAGUGCAUGACUUUUUAAAAGCUGACAGCCAUAGUAAUGAUACUCCUGUUGAAAGAAAACCAAAGUACUGAGCUUUCCAUGGAUCACAAGAUGUAAUACUUAAACUGCCUCACCAGAGAUGAGAGAGAAAAUUGCAGUAAACUGCCAUAUUUGGUGUCUUUUUUGAACCCUGGAAAGACAAAAUCAGGUUUGCUUAAUACACGACAUUCUUGUAUUUCUCUGAUUCAUGCUGGUUUAGUGUAAUAUGGCAUGCACAAAUAAUACACUGAUAGUGACGGCUUUAUGGAUAAGAAGACAAAAAGAUAAUACAAGGAAAAGACAAAGGUACAUAAACCUAAACAGCAGUUGUACCGAGUUGGAUGUGUGUUUUUUUGGAUGCUAGUUAAUGCCAAAAGGGGACCAGUCAUGGAGUAUUUUAGAACAUCACACAGAGGACCAAUACAUACCUACAUACAACUAUCUAAAGGAGUUAAGAGUGGCAUUCAUCCACACAGAAGAACGCAUAUACUAUAAGCACACAACUUCCACAAAUGCAUGACUUAGCAUUUCAAAUGCUCUAUGUACUUUCACACAUUUUCUUGAGGGCACAGAACAUUUGGUGCUGUGUUUCGCUACUGUCUUAUACAUAUGUCGGCAUAUACAUUACUGUACUACUGCUUUUUGUCAUCCAAAAGCUACAUUUUUGAGUUUUCCUCAAGAAAAAAUAAGCUUUAGCACAUCUCUCAGAUACACUCUCAGAAACUUGAUGCGCUUCAGAUUAUCUUUAUAGCCUGCAUCUUUAUCAGCACAUAGAAAUUUCACUUGAUCUGCAAAAGUGUAAAUACAUCACGUUACAAGUUCUUGCCUUACUCAAUAAGCUUACAGUGAUUGCAACUUGCCUUUUUAGAUAUAUUCACUUUGAUAUACAGAUCAUACUUUUUGUAAAUAGCCAAAAGUUGUAAACUAUGUUGUAUCUUGUACAGUGUAAAGUUGGGUUAUUGAAUAUUUUGUAAUAAAGACAAUA